AUGACAUGGUCGCUUCUUUCGCGAGCCAUCGGUCCGCCUCAAAUGAUUGCUGGAGCUGCCGAAGUCAUUUUGUGGCUGUCGUCGAUGCUGACAGGAUUUAGCGUGCUCGUAGCGCUAUCAAAGGCAAUCGUUGAGCUUAUUGAUUGCUGGAACAGAGAAAUGGGACCAAAGAAGACCAAAGGUAAGAAGGAGAAGAAAAUGAAGGGCGGUGCGAGCAAGAAAGAAGUGGUCGAAGUGAAAGACGCUGACCAAGCGAACGAGGCAGGUCGACUGGAACUAGUAAAGCAGGCAAAGCUUCUACAAGAACUCACACGAAAGGAGGAGCAGGCUUUUAAUGAGUUCCAGCAACAAAGAGAAAAGAUUAAUUAUUUUUGGAUCGUGGAAAAGAAAAGUUUUGAAGACCGAAAGGCAGAGUUGCGUAAUAAAGAGCGAGAAAGACAAGAUUUGAAGGAAAAGCAUCAGGAUGAAAUAAAGAUCUACAAGCAACGGGUGCGACACUUGCUCUAUGAACACCAAAAUGAGAUCACUGAGCUCAAGAAAGAAUUGGAGCAGUCACUUAAAAUAACGCAAAGUGAUAACCGCGGUAAUGAGCGCGAGCUGACGAGUGACAAACGGCGACUGAAAGUUGAUUUUAAAGAAAGUGAGUUGUCGCAUCAAGAUUACCUCAAAUCAUUGAAGCAGAUGCAAGAUCGGCGUAUUUCGGUGUUGCGUCAAGAGUUCGAGCGACAUGCAAAAGAGCUGCAGCAAAAGUAUGAACGCAAAAGUAAGACUAUUCGUGACGACAUAGAGGCACGUGGAAAGCAAGACAUACAAAAGAUUGAAGAGCGUAAGAAUGUUCAUAUCGCACAGCUUAUAACUGCCCAUGAGAAAGCAUUUAGCGAGAUCAAGAACUACUACAACGACAUAACACAUAACAAUCUGGAUCUAAUAAAAUCCUUAAAGGAAGAAGUAAGCGAAAUGAAAAAGAAGGAAGCUCAAGACGAAAAGCUCAUGUAUGAGAUUUCCCAAGAAAACAAGCGAAUGUCGGAGCCGUUAAAGCGAGCUUUGUUGGAUGUCGAAAAGCUUCGAAAAAACAUUUGCAUUUAUCAAGAAGAAAAAUUGGAGCUGCGUUCUGCGAAGACGCAAUUGCUCGUCCUUGAACAACAGUACGCCACCCUUUCCUGGGAGUUUGAAGUUCUGCAGCAGCGCGCAGGGCAAGUAGCUCAUGAGUUACAAGAGCUUACGACACACUUUCAAGGCAGCAUUUACGAUGUACAGCAGAAGGCUGGUUUAAAGAAUUUGCUGCUUGAAAAACGAAUGAGUGUACUUACUCUGCAACUUGAACAAAAGGACGCCGAGCUCAAUGAGGUCUUACUGCAUGCCAAACUCGAUCCAGCAAUAAUAGAUCGUGUCAAAGGACAGCUUGAGGACAUAAUGAACAGCAAAGCUGAAAACCUUCGAGAACUAGAAGAGGAGUUGGCUCAUGUCACCAAAUUACAGCAAGAACUUGCCAACUCCAUGCAGCGUAAAUUGAGCGAAUACGGAAUUCCACUAAACGAACUAGGAUUCAUGCUUCAGACACAAGUUGCAAUUAAUCAACGUGUAAAAUCUUCACAGAACAACCAGAACAACGACAGCUCUGGCAACGGGGUACCAUUAUUGCUGAGUAUCUCGACUAAGGAAAAGCGUAUGGCACGGAUGCGAGCUACGACAAAUCAGGUCGUUUCGGCCUCUUUAUGA